AUGCGUGCACUCCAACCGCUCAGCGGACGCGCUGUCUCCGCGCCCAUCGAGACGAUAGUGUUCUUCUUCAUUGUCGGAACGCUCGCCUACUUCAACGUCCUCUCGGCCAUCAAGCACUCCGCCUUUUUCGCUCCUACAUUCCCAUCAACACUCCGGCCUGCGCAUGCUCUCUUCCGCGAGGGCGAAUGGGUGGGCGUAGACGAAAACUGGUAUACGUCACGGCCCAACGAUGGCAAGGUCGAGCUCCAACAGGUCAUAUUCACGCUGCCUCCUUCUCAGGAUGAGGUAAGUAUAUGUGUGAUUUUCGUAGGCAGCCACAUUCUAACGUCAUCUGGUCGUACGACUAUCAAGGUCGACUUCAGCUCCUUCACCCCAUCCAUUGAAAACUUGACGCACCAUUUCACCCACGAGUUUUCUGCCCUUGGCAAGCAGUAUGGUUCCGUGUGCCACCGCACUCCCGAGAAGUCAGCGCUCCCAUGCUUCACCAUGGUGUCGCCCUCCCCGGCCUCGUCACGUUCGGAAAUCCUGACCCUCUCCUUUACACCUGGUCUCGCUCACGAGUUCGUCGACGCCCUGAAGACACGUGCGAAGUUCGCUGCGGACACGUAUGGCGUCAAAUUUCACGUUGAGGGUCGGCAGGUGGAGACUAUCGGCGAGAUGAAGAGCGGCAAAUGGAUGGCAUACGCCGCCCAAGCGCUCGUCAUGCGUUUCUGGGAGUUGGCUAAGAAAGCAGACUCCGUGGAUAUACUUCUUGUCCUCGCCGGUUAUGUCCUCAUGCACGCCUCCUUUAUCCGCCUCUUCCUUUCCUCCCGUCGUCUUGGCUCCAACUUCUGGCUUAGCACCGCAAUCAUCUCCAAUGGCCUCCUCGCCUUCAUGGUUACGCUACCGAUCUCCCAUUACCUCCAGAUCCCGCUCGACCCUAUCAGUCUGACGGAGGCAUUGCCUUUCUUGGUGUGCACAGUCGGAUUUGAUAAGCCUCUGCGGCUCGCACGCGCAGUCUUCAACCACCCGAACCUAACCACCCCGGUGAAGGAGGGCCGUUGGCGUGGGCAGAUGAAGCCAGCUGGCGAGGUCAUCAUGGAGGCGAUGGAGAGCCAGGGUAACGCCAUUCUGCGGGACUAUGCCCUUGAGAUUCUGGUACUCGUCAUGGGCGCAAGAAGCAAGGUCGGAGGCCUAAAGGAGUUCUGCUCUCUCGCGUCUCUCCUGCUCACGCUAGACUGUGUCCUUUUCGGCACCUUCUACUGUGCCAUUUUGGCAAUUAUGGUUGAGGUUCGACGGAUCCAAACUGUCCGCGGAAUGGGAAGGUCCAGGAGUUCAAAUAACCUGAAGACGGAAGGAAAAGCCAGCGCUCUUGCCCGCUCUACCCCAUCUUCCCGCCAAGGCAGUUCUCUCAGCCUUUCCGACAUGUUCAUCGGAGUGAAGGGAUCAGACCUGAGGCAGAAGAACAGCCCUCCGGCAGAAACCAAGAACGAGAACCCGGUCGCCAGGCUCAAGCUGCUCUUGAUCGCUUCGUUCUUGACGCUGCACAUCCUUAACCUGUCCACCACGCUCACUCCCGCUACGAUCUCUCGUUACCAGACCCAGUCGUCGAUCGAUUCCCUCCACGCGCUCAGCGGCGAGCCUCUCGUCGCACGCAAAGUCGACAUCACGUCACCCGCCAUCUCCGAGGUCCUCAGCUCGCUCACCCUGGCUGAGGUUUACGACUCUAACGCUACGGCUGCAGACUUGCUGGUCAAGGUCUCGCCCCCUGUCUACGUCCGUAUCAUCGCCCCUGGUCCCGCACGCCGCACGCUCUUCCGUUCAACCGAGAUCGUGGAGAACUUCAUGUCCGCCUGGACCCGUCUCGUCGGCGACCCGAUCCUGUCCAAGUGGAUCGUCCUGAUCCUCAUCGUCAGCGUCACACUCAAUGGCUACCUGCUCAAGGGCAUCGCCGAGGGUGCCAUGCGCGGCAUCCAGACUCCUCACGUGCGGUUCCUGUCUGUUGGUGGUGGCAUGCGGCGGAGCAGGACUGAGGAAGAGGAGGAGAAGGAAGAGGAGAAGGAGAAGCCCGUCGUUACCAUUAUCGAAGAGAAGGCUACUCCGGAGAAGCGCCAACGCCCCUCGUUCGCACUCGGUGGUGACUCCAGCCCCGAGUCCCGUGGUUCUCCUGAGCCCCCCGCCCCCGCUGUGCCGGCCAAAACGGAUUCUGCUCCCCAGACUACUCGCCCCAUCGCUGCUCCCAUCGCCAUUCCUCCUUCCAACGGUGUUCCCGCGUUCAUGCUCGACAUGAAGCUUCGUGCCAAGAGUGCUGCGAGGGAGCCCAAGGAUAUCGAUCUCCCUGUCCGGUCCCUCGAGGAGUGCAUUGCAGUGUUCGAGAGCGCGCCGAAGCCUUUGAACCUCCAGCCCACGGUCCUUAACGACGAAGAAAUUGUUCUUUUGGCUCAGAACGGUAAGAUCGCUGCCUACGCCCUCGAGAAGGUACUUGGUGACUUUGAGCGCGCUGUCUCCGUUCGCCGGUCCCUCAUAUCUCGCGCAACUUCUACUGGCACCCUUGAAGAUUCGGAUGUCCCCAUGUCGAACUACGACUAUUCCAAGGUCAUGGGUGCUUGCUGCGAGAACGUCAUCGGUUACAUCCCCAUUCCCCUCGGUGUCGCUGGCCCUCUGAAGAUCGAUAACGAGUCCGUCCACAUUCCUAUGGCCACCGCCGAGGGCACCCUUGUCGCUUCCACCUCCCGUGGCUGCAAGGCCCUCAACGCUGGUGGUGGAGUUACCACUGUUCUCACCGGUGAUGCCAUGACCCGUGGCCCCGCUAUCGACUUCCCAUCCAUUACGAUGGCCGCUGCAGCCAAGCUCUGGAUUGACUCCGACGAGGGCUACCAGAUCAUCCGCGAAGCCUUCGAGUCUACUUCCCGGUUUGCCAAGCUCCAACGCCUCAAGACCGCCAUGGCCGGUCGCACGCUCUUUGUCCGCUUCGCCACGAAGACUGGUGACGCUAUGGGCAUGAACAUGAUCUCGAAGGGCACGGAGAAGGCGCUCGAGACCAUGCAGAAGCGGUUCCCCGACAUGGUCACGCUCGCGCUCUCUGGCAACUACUGCACGGACAAGAAGCCCGCUGCGAUCAACUGGAUCGAGGGUCGCGGCAAGAGCGUCGUCGCUGAGGCUGUCAUCCCCGGCAAGGUCGUCAAGAGCGUGCUCAAGACCACGGUCGAGGCGCUGUGCAACCUGAACACGAAGAAGAACCUCGUCGGUAGCGCUAUGGCUGGCUCGAUUGGCGGUUUCAAUGCGCAUGCGGCGAAUAUCCUUACGGCUAUCUUUUUGGCUACUGGCCAGGACCCGGCGCAGAACGUUGAGAGUUCGAUGUGCAUGACGCUUAUGGAGCCGACCAACGACGGCGAGGAUCUCCUCAUGACGGUCUCUAUGCCCACCAUCGAGGUCGGCACUAUCGGUGGCGGCACCAUUCUCGGGCCCCAAGGCUCCAUCCUCGAGAUGCUCGGCCUCAAGGGUGCUCACCCCUCCGAGCCCGGCCAGAACGCGCAGCGCCUCGCUCGCAUCAUUGCCGCCGCCGUCAUGGCCGGUGAGCUCUCGCUGAUGUCCGCCCUCGCCGCCGGCCACCUCGUCCGUGCCCAUCUCGUGCACAACCGGUCGCAGGCCAACACUCCCAACUCGUCGCGCCCGAUCACGCCCGCCGCCAUCGCGGGCGACAUCGCUUGGAGCAAGAAGACGGCGGAGAACACACUGGGUCACCAGCCACACAUUACGCCGUGCUCGUCGACGUCGUCAUUGCCGCCAUACACCGCGGACCCAAAGCCAUAA